AUGUUUGAACAUAGAGUGGUCGUACCACCGACGUUACGACACGCUAUCCUCAAAGACCUGCAUGCGGCCCACUUAGGUAUAGUCAAGAUGAAGGCAAUGGCACGUUCCUUUGUGUUUUGGCCGGGAAUCGACACGGACAUUGAGAAUGUAGCAAAGUCCUGCACAGAUUGUAUCAGACACGCUCACGUUCCGCCCAAGUUUCGAGAACAUCACUGGGAAUACCCUAAAGCACCGUGGGAACGCAUUCACAUUGAUUACGCGGGUCCAGUAGCAGACAAAAUGCUAUUGAUCAUCGUAGAUGCCUACAGUAAAUGGCUUGAAGUAAGACCUACGACUUCCACGACAGCCACCGCCACAAUUACAAUCCUGGACGAUUUAUUCACGGCAUACGGUGUGCCAGUUACGGUAGUUUCAGACAAUGGUAGGCAGUUCAUCGCAGAUGACUUUAAAAGCUUCCUACGAAAUAGUGGCGUGAAGUAUCACAAUCUGUCGGCACCUUACCAUCCCUCUACAAACGGGCAAGCAGAACGCUACAUUCAAACUGUGAAGGAUGCGCUUUACGCAAUGAAAACAACCAAAGAAACGCUCCGGAGCAACCUAAACGAGUUCCUUCGUCAAUACCGGAAGGCUCCACAUUCCGUUACGAUGCUUCCACCGGCCCGACUUUUCCUAGGGCGCGACCUACGAACUCGUCUUGACCUGACAAGACCUGACGAUGUCCAGACAAGAGUCACCCAGAAACAUCAAGCAAACAUGAGCUCUACCUUCCGCAUACUAAACGUUGGACAAGAUGUAUACUUCUUAUCUGGAAACAAAAACAUGGACAAAUGGCUCCCAGGCGUUAUGACUGCUCGCCUCGGAGAUCUUCACUAUGAAAUUAAACAUGGGGAUAAAACCGUGAAACGUCAUAUUGACCAAAUUAGAAUGUUCGCAGAAAAUAUCAAAGAAACAGGUGUCGACCAACAACGAAAAACAACGCCUGAAGAGCCCAUAUUGCGACGUAUUCGUUUUCAUGGCCAACAAGGGGACUCACCAGUGGCCGCGGAGCCCACUCUGGCAACAGCUACCCCAGUUCUAUCACCAACGCAGGAAACUGCCAGAGCCGACGCGACUGAAAGAGACCAGGUGACACCGGUAGCUCCAAGAAGGUCGUCAAUUACUUCGUACUGA